AUGACCUAUAUGGUAUUAUGUUACCUGGUCAGGCUGUUCAUGAGAAUUACGAUAAAUGGACCAUUUGGUAAGGAUGACUGGGCUUUGACGUUUGGAUCAUUGGCAUACGCAGGAGACAUUUUCUAUCUUGUUGCGCUUGCGUUUUCGCGAGUCAGCACUUUUUUGCUGGUUGCUCGUCUUACUCGACAGAAGAACCAUCUCCGGGCGGCAAAUCUGGGCGCUAUAGGAUCGAUGGUUAUCAGCAUAACGUCGGUAUUCCUCAUUUGCAUGCGCUGCGACCUCUCCAGACCAUGGGAACUUAUCACUCCAGAAUGCUCUCAGAUGUAUUCACGGUGGUAUACUGUUGAGACUUUGGGCAUCCUUGUUGAGCUUUAUGCAGCAUGGGUUCCUAUAUACCUCGUUUGGAGUCUUCAAAUGCACUUACAAUCGAAAUUCGUCGUCCUCUUUGCUUUCUCUUUCCGGCUUCCUGUCCUGGUAGCGGCAGGUGCGCGAUUAUAUUACCUUCGUCAGCAGCAGGUACAUGAGGAUUUCCUUUUCUACGGCGCCGCUGCCUCAGUAUGCCUCGAAGUUGAACUUCACUACGGGCUAAUGGCAGCCACCAUACCGUGUCUGAAGCCGUUCGUAAAGUUAUUCAACACCGGAUGGUUCGACACUAGAGCUAUACAUAGCACUAGUGGAGGGGAGCAUUAUGCGCUCUCCAACCUUACACCGGCUCGGGUCACAGUAACAGCUGACGACAAACUCCCCAAAAAACAAUGGAACGAUCGACGCCAUGCACGGGCGCAAAGUUCAGGUGCUCCAUCUUCCGCGGGCUCCGAUAUAAUGAUUAUACGCCAGACGACUGCCUGGGAUGUUACUUAUGACACUAAUGAUAGAGUUGUAUAG